GUGAUCUUACUGUAUGACAUUUGAAUGAUAAAAACAAACCGAUCUUUAUUUGGAGCUGUUGUAGUUCUUUCGCGGUUUUCGUUCUUAUUGGGAGUAUUAAAUAUGCAUAUUGUUUUUAGUAAAAUAUACGUCUCUUUAAGAAACAACGUACAGAUUGUCUUUGUAAAUUGAUCAUCAUGUACACACACACAUUACGGGGCGAAAUUAAAUAAUUUGUUUUAAGAUCUGUUCUUACAUAAUUGUUAACCUGUCCGUCGUAGUUUAGGCCAGGGUUUGGAAAUCAUGCUCCUUUUCUAAUAAAGACGACAACAACAGGAGCAACAAACAUUUUCUAGACUGACCAGUCAACUUUCACGAUGUGGCGAUUGCAUUUUUAUAAACAACGAUUUAUUAAUUCCGUUGUUGCGUUAUCAUUAAUGAUUUAGGACAUAUACAAUAUGUAAAUAAUGCUGUAGUAAGGAAACAAUUAUUUUGUGAAAUACAACAUACAAUUUAACAUGUCUGAUGAAUACAAUAUACAAUACAUUUCUCUGUCUUGAUGGACUAUAUGCAUACAGUAGAAUUUUCUUUUUUUCCGAAGAUAAUGAACAACAGACUAAUAGAGGAAGCAAUUGAACAAGAACUGAGCAAAAUCUGCAUUAACCCUUCAGAUACUGAAGAAUUAGAAACGUUUUCAGAAGAUGAAACAAUUUUUGAUGAAGAACCAGUCCCUGAUGAAAUACCUGAGUCAGUUCUUUCUUGUUUGGAACUGGUUAAAAAUAGAAUGCAUAAUGCAGAACAACUCAUUCUACAGGACCUAGAGGAAACAGAUUGUGAUUUAAUAAAAAAAGACACGUGUGGCACCAUUUCAAAUCAUAGUGAAGAUUUUUGGAUGAAACUGGCGUCUGAUUAUCAUGAAGAUCCCAUCAAGUUAAGAGAAAGGAUAAUUCAUGAAAUUGAAGAAGAUGAAUCACUGAUAAACCAGAACAGGCCAGAGUUUAAGGUUGGAUCCCCAGAAACUUUAACUGAGCAAAUCCCAGAUGAGGACAAAGAGAAUCUUGAGGCUACUUUGGCUAAUAUGUACUUAGAAACUGAGAAACAGUGCCUGCUUGAACUGGAGAUCUUGGAGAAGAAAUUUAAAGAAAUGGAAGAAAAAAGAGCUGCAGAGCUUAAGGCAAAAAAAGAUCAACAGUUGAAAGAACAAAGAGAGGAGGAAGAGAAAAGGAGACACAGACAGAAGGAGUUUCAAGAGGAGUUAAAAAACAUAGAGUCUGAAAAUAUGGAGAAUCAGAAUGAAGUGGACGAGACUGAAAGAAAAGAAUUUGAAAAAUUACAAGAGGAUUUACGUGCUCAAGAGGAGCUCAUAAAACGCUUGGAAAAAACUAUGGAAGAGGAGAGGACAGCCUUUGAAGAGCAGCAAGCUACGGAAAGGAAAAGAGUAGAAGACCUUCGGCGCAGAGCGGCAACACGCAUUCAGGCUGCAGUUCGAGGAUUCCUGAUACGCAGGGCGAGUGCUUUCUUACUUAGCCAGAGGAGAGAGGAGAGGAAGAAGAAGAAAGAGCUGCAGCUGCAGCUGGAGCAAGAGCGGAGGGAAAGGGAAGAGAAGUGCAGAAGAAAGCUAGAGGAGCAAAAAUGCAGAGAAGAGGAAGAAAGGAAAAAGAAAGAUGAGGCAGAGAGGCAGGCAAGAGUGGAGCAGGAGAAAAGACGCGCUGCUUACGAAAAGGCCAAGGAAGAAGAGCGUUUGCGAUUGGAGGAGGAGCGGAAGCUGAAGUUAGAAGCUGCAAGGCAGGGAAAGAAAGAAGAGCUUAGGAAAAGGGAGGAAUUGGAGAGAAAAAUUAAACUGGAUGAAGAAGACAAGCGGAAAAAAGAAGUAGAAGAGAAGAGGUCAGAGGAGCACAGAAACCAAGAAGAGAUGGAGAAGAAAAGAUUCCGUGAGUUCAAGAGGAGGAAGGAAGAGGUGCAAAAUGCAGAACAAAUCCAGGAACAAAAUGUAGAACAAAUCCUAGCAGAGAAACUAAAGGGAUCACAAUUUGGCGAAUUUGAUGAAUUUGAAAAUAAAGGAGAUGGCACUAAACUUAACGACAAACUUAAUGAAACAUUACAAAAUAAUAGCACAGACUGCGAAAAAGUCAAGGAUGAUUCAGGUUUUUCGGAUUAUGAUGUUGACAAUAAAGAUGCUUCAGUUCAGGAGAUAUCACUCCAAAGCAACAAGAAAUCACUUAAUUGUGCUAGUGAGGAGAUGCCAUGUCUAGAGGAUAAUGAGGAUAAAACAAACAUGGAAAAUGCAAAGAAAAAUGAAGGUCUGUCCCAGGAAGAGAGUGAGAAAUGCCACAACAUGGAGAAAGAUCUAAUUAUGUCCUUUAGGCCAACAGGCUGUAUCCCAGAACCUAAAGGUAAUUAUCAUGGUGCUCCUGCUGUAGACAUGUAUUCUUUAACAAACCAGAUGUGCCUUCCUGAGUGUACUGAGCAGAAAAGGCUAGCAUGGAUGAAGGCUUGUACUCCUUGGUCUAAAAUUUCAAUGCAAAAUAAGAGAAAAGAGGUGGUGAAAAGGAAGGUGAUAAGAAGAGGUUCAGCAGUUCAGCUGCCUGCCCUGAGUACAAACACUAUCCUUCAGUCUGGUGACUGGAUUUCCCUACAGCAGGUUACAGCAGUUACCCUUCAAGACUUACCGGGCUGUAGCCUUUCUACUCUGUCUGAAUGUACUAAAUUACAAAUGCUGACAAUGAAAAGAUGUGGAUUAAAAGCUUUAGAAGGUAUCAGUGGGUGCAAAGAUCUUAAGUAUAUUAAUGUGCAGGAAAAUGCAAUCCAGUACAUUAACUGUCAGGGUAUGGAUAACCUUGAUGUUCUUCUCCUGAAUCAUAAUCAGCUUGCAUCUAUUCAUGGUUUGGAUGGAGCUGUUAAUCUACAUGCACUUGAACUGUCUCAUAAUCACAUCACACGCAUUUGUGGCUUAGAAUCUUUAAAGAAACUCCAAAGGCUAGUGUUAAGUCAUAAUCAGUUAAUCAGCACCAAAGGCCUGAAAGACACAGCCACUCUCUUGCACCUUGACUGUUCCUACAAUCAUCUUACAGAAAUUGAAGGGAUAGAAAAUUGUGCUCUUCUCUGUACAUUGAAGCUACAGGGAAAUAAUCUUACAGAGCCACCCAGUUUGGUAAACCACGUCUUGAUGAAGGAGUUGUAUAUAGAUGACAACAGCAUCUCAUCACUGGAAAGCUUAUCAGCUUGCUGGCUUCCGCUUUUACAGGUCCUUUCAUUAUCACAAAACAGCUUGACCCAUAUACCUCCACUGCUCGACUUCUUGUCUUUAAAAGAGCUUGAUGUGAGUUGUAACUGCAUAUCAGAGCUGAGAGAUGUUCAUUUGUCCCUUGAAGGCUCCACAAAUCUCAGGGAGCUUAAUUUGACUGGAAAUCCUGUUCAACAAGAAACUAAUUGGAGGUCUUCUUUGCAAAAGAUGUUACCUGGCUUAAAGAAGAUUAAUGGGGAGCCUAUCAGUUCUACACAAGUAUAUCUCACAGACAGAAGCGCUAGACCACCGCCAGGGAGCUUCUUGGCACUUUGUCAAGCACAGCUUAAGCAGCUAGAGCUCCUGCUCAAGAGACAUGAUAGGGAACUUCAAAGUAUUCUCAGCCCUCUGGAUGCCCCAAUGAUUAGAAGUCAGCAAAGCGAUGAACUGAUUACACUAGCUGAGGAACACAGAUAUGCUCAUGAAUAUGGAGAUCUGAGUGUCAACGAUGGAGAUGAACCAGAAACUCAAAGCAACCUUUUGAUGCAAGAAGGCAGUGACAGGCAUCAGCACAAUUUCCCUUUUAUCAGCAAAGCCAAGGAAAAUAACCAGGUCUCAAAAGAUCCUUCUACAAGAUGGAUCACUGCAAGCCAAGUUCAGCCUACAGUCAACUGCUGCACAGUCAGCCAAGAAGAGGGAAAUCAGGAAGGCCAAAUAUCAGGAGUGAAUGCAGAAAUUUCUUCACUUAGAAUUGGAGAAAGUAAGAGAAGAAUGGUCAAUGACAAAAGGGAGAGAAGUGACACUGCUGUGUCCUGCCAACACAUUGAAAUAGCUCACGGCCCUUCAAGACUGCUCAGAAAAAACAUCCAUCACUGUCAAUACAAAGACAUUAAAAUCAUUGCAGCAGUUGUUAUCCAGAGUCAUUGGCGGGGACACUUAUGCCGCAGAAAUAUUAGAUUGCUCCUUGCACAACAAGCUGCUGCCUUGGUGAUACAGUCAGCUUGGAGGAAAUACUCUAUUUGCAGGAAUAACUGGAACAAAGACAGCUCUUCACAUACCUGUAUUUCAAAGGACAUAUGCUUGGAUAUUAUGGAAAGGGCAGCUAUUGUCAUUCAGGCCACUUGGAAGGGUUAUGUUUUGAGGAAGAAGUUGGCUUCUGCCCUUGCUGCUGUUAAAACCAAUGAAGUGGAUGAUGAUUUUGAAGAAGUAAAUAUGGAGGAUUUUGCAUUUGAUGAGGCUGCCUUGGAGAAAGAAUGGAUAACUCUGGAUUCGAAAUGCUUCCCUUCCAAAAUGCUGCCACUCUCAGACCAGCUGUACUGGCCAAAGCCUCCAAGUCACCAAGCCAUAAAGGAUAAAAAUAUGCCUGUAGUAUUAUGCAACCCAAAACAAGCUUGGUUGAGUGAAGAGAGUGAAAAGAUGACUAAAGAGCAACAGAAUUCCUCAUCACUAAAUCCUGAGAGUAGCAGCAGAAGACUUUCAUCUGCUUCAAGAGCCGAGUCUGCUCUCACAUCAGAAAAGGAAAAACUGUUAGAAGAAUGGGGAAUAAAAGACAGCUAUACUGCUCAUUUGAUAUUGAGAAGAGCACAUAAAAUGAAAUCUAAGAAACAGCAGCAGAAGAAAUUACUUGACCCAGCUGUGCGUCUGGCAUUAUUCAAGAGCAAUGAAAAUAAACAUACCCCUGUGAAGCUACCAAAGAAAAUGUAUCCUCCAAAACUAAGCUGUUUUAAAGCAGGAUUUCUGCUGUACAAUGAAAUACAGAAAGAUAGUGUACAAGAACUUGCACCUUCGGACACAAUAAAAGGAGAUCAAUCUGAGUGCAGUAAAGAAAGGACAUAUCAGUGGCUUCACACACAAGUUGUAAUUUCUGACACCAGCUCCAGUUUUAUGAAAAGUGACCGUUUCCUUCCAGAGAUUGAUCCUGAUGUUCUGAAUGGUGGACGGGUUCAGCUUGUGGCAAGCCCUGUAAGCAGAGAAGGUCUGGAUCAAGAGACUCUGUCCAUGGCCAGCGGUAGUGCUUUGACUCAGCCUUGUAGAGAAUAUAAUCAAACACACAGACACUCAGUAGGACGUACAACGAAUAAAGUACCAGUUCCUGUAAGGGUUGAAUCUGCUCCAUCAAAAAAAGAACGUAUUUCCUUUCGGGACAAUCCUGUUCAGCUGAGUACUGGAUGGGGAGGAGGAAAGAAGAGGACCAGAAUGUGUAAAUAAUAUGUAUAGCACAUGCCAAUGUAACAAACAAAUCAUUAUAUUUCUUUCACCUUUUCUGUAUUCUGUUUAGUCUAAAUACUGUAUAUUGAAAAUGAUAACAUUUUAUUGAAAUAAAUAUCUAUAUAGGGUUUUUAUAUUAUAUUUAUUUUAUUUCAAUUCUGUAAAGAGCAUGUCUGUAUCUCAUUGAAGUGUUUAUUGAUUAUAUUCAUGAUUGUACUCACUGGUUCUAUUUUUGUGUUUAGUGUUUUCAUACUAUGCAUAUUUUCCUAGAAAGCUAGUUUGGGGAGGGGAAUUAAGAAUUGAAACACAGGAACCUUUAUAAAAUGAAUGUAGAGAAAAUACUACAAUUUAAGAUACAAUAUCUUAACAUUAUUAAGAUAACAUCAUUCUAAUAUAUUCAUUUAAGUACCAUUGACUUAAACAUGCAUUGGUCCUUGAAAUGUGACAAACUUUUAAAAAAGGUAUAUAAUGAUCUUAUUGCUACUAUGAACAAUAGGUUUAUUUUUAAAAUUCAUUUUAAUAGAUUCACUUAUCACAAUAUCACUUUUUAGAUUUUAGAUUUUAAUCCGACUCUAAAUUAAUUGGUAGAACAGACAAACAGUGCCAUUGCAAUUUUGUUUUUG